GAUACGCUCAAGAAACUUCACUAUUAUGGUCGAAAGAUUGAAAACGUUGGGAAUGUGGCGAUUUGGUUUGGUGGAAAGAAAAUAUCCGUCAAAGCCCUUGUAAAGAACCUUGGUGAUCAGUUCAAUCUGCCCACUACCGUUGUCAAAGAUCUCGAUCUGGAUCAUUUUGUCGAUCAAGCUAUAAAAGUUGAAGAAGGAGAAAUAGAAACACUUCGGCCGCCACCUUUCGAACCAGAGAACAUCCAAUCAGUUUAUAUGGAUGAGCCUUCACAAGAGUUAAGCAGUUUUUUCACAACUACAAAUUGGAGAUUACAUCAUCUUGAUCCAACUUCGUUCUGGAUGAAUGCAUAGUA